AUGCUCCUCCUGCUCCUGCUCCACCUGAUCCUGCACCUCCUGCUCCUGCUCCUCCUGCUCCUCCUGCUCCUCCUGCACCUCCUGCUCCUCCUGCUCCUGCUCCACCUGAUCCUGCACCUCCUGCUCCUCCUGAUCCUGCUCCACCUGAUCCUCCACCUCCUGCUCCUCCUGAUCCUGAUCCUACUCCUCCUGAUCCUACUCCUCCUGCUCCUCCUGAUACUGCUCCUCCUGAUCCUGCUCCUCCUGAUCCUACUCCUCCUGCUCCUCCUGAUACUGCUCCUCCUGAUACUGCUCCUCCUGAUCCUGCUCCUCCUGAUCCUGCUCCUCCUGAUCCUGCUCCUCCUGAUCCUACUCCUCCUGCUCCUCCUGCUCCUGCUCCUCCGGAUCCUGCUCCUCCUGCUCCUCCUGAUCCUGCUCCUCCUGCUCCUGCUCCUCCUGCUCCUCCUGAUCCUGCUCCUCCUGCUCCUGCUCCUCCUGCUCCUGCUCCUCCUGAUCCUGCUCCUCCUGAUCCUGCUCCUCCGCCUGUUGAGAGCACUCACGCUCGCUGGCCAGUCGCCCUGGAUCAGAAGCCAUCGGGAAGACCUCAGACCCAGCUCCAGCUCCGGACCCAACUCCGGACCCAGCUCCGGACCCAGCUCCGGACCCAGCUCCGGACCCAGCUCCGGACCCAGCUCCGGACCCAGCUCCGGACCCAGCUCCGGACCCAGCUCCGGACCCAGCUCCGGGCCCAGCUCCGGACCCAGCUCCGGACGGUGA